CGUGAGCCGUAUUUCAGUAUGUAACUGUGUUUAAAUAUUCGAUUUCUUAAAUGACUAUUUAUUUUUAUUGCACCCACGAUCAGUUUUAUGUUGUUCGUUAUUUUAUGAGCAUGUCUCUUCGAACACGUUACGAAAGAUGUUCCACGCCAUUUGCGAAACAGUGCUUUGUGGUUUCCAGUGUGAUCUUGAACAUGAUCUCGUAUGGGCUGACGACUGGAUACAACGCUACGUUGUUCUCUGAACUUAGGAAGACACGGGAGAUUGCUUUGGACAUACAUUCCGAAUCUUGGUUGGCAUCUAUGAUGGGAAUAACGCUUUUCGUGGGAUCUGUCAUCGGUUCACUAGUUAUGGAGACCAUCGGUCGAAGGUCAGCGGUUCUCAUGAGUUCGAUAUUCAUGAUCUGUGGAUGGACAUCAUUCAGUUUCGCUUCGUCUUUUCCUGUUUUGUUCAUAGCGAAAUUAUUUCAAGGAAUAUCAGCCGGAAUCGGUACUAAUGUCGGAAGCAUUUUAAUUGCAGAAUACAGUAGUCCCAAAUACAGGGGCUCUUUCAUAGCGACGAUACCAACUGGUUUAUUGUUGGGCAUAUUUAUUUCACAUACCUUUGGAAUGUUUUACGGCUGGCACCAAUUAUGUAUAAUACUACUAUUUUUCUCCUUACCCGGAUUAAUUGCAAUCGUUUUCUCGCCAGAAUCACCGAGUUUUCUGGUAACUAAGGGACGUUACGAUGAAUGCAGGAAGGUUUUUCGCUGGCUGAGAGGAACAGAUGAGGAUGAUGAACUCGAAACUAUGAUUAAAACUAAUAUGAUACUUAAAGAAACCAAGAAGGUUGAAUGUGGCAAUGUGUCGAAAUUAAUUCAGAAUAAACUGGCAUAUGGUGUCACUGCAUUCAAAAAGAAAGAAUUUCGCAUUCCAGUUCUUAUUAUGAUGCACUUAAGCGCUAUAAUGCAAUUUAGCGGCUCCUUGGUCUGCGAUAUGUAUGCCUUAGACGUCCAUACAGCAUUGUAUGGUACCGAUGUGUACAUGUUCAAAGUAAUGACGUCUCUGGAUGUGCUGAGACUUGUGGCCACCGUGUCGGCCGUCUACAUCACCAGCAGGGUGAGGAGGCGCUCCAUGCUGUUAGUGUUCGUGUCGCUGAACAUAGUGACAGAUCUGUGCAUAGCUGGACACGUCUACGCCAGACAACACGGUCUUCUUCCGUUCGAUCAUUGGGCGAUUAGUUUAUUUCUCCACCACUUCCUUUAUUUCAUUAUCGGGACUGGGUCCAUGCCAUUGGCGAUAAUAAUUGGUGGCGAAAUAUUCCCUUUAGCAGACAGGGGUUUCUGUUCGGUAAUUACCAGAAUAUUUUGCUCAGUUUACAUGUUUGUGAAUAUCAAAUCCGCUCCAUAUCUAUUCUCAUGGGUGGGUGUUGACGGGGCCUUCUCUUUGUAUGCCUUGAUACAUUCUUAUAGUUUGAUUGUUACUUUAAUUUUGUUACCGGAAACGAAAGAUAAAACUCUACAACGAAUCGAAGAUGAGUUUAGGGGACAUACUAUUGCUAAUCACGAAGAAGCCUUUGAGAUGAAGGAUUAUGACGUGAGGGAUGAUGGUGAUUAAGGGUUUUUAUGUAAUAACAUGUUUGCGUCAGGUUGCUGAGAAGAAUCUUAUCUAGGUUUCUAGUAAUUAGAAGUAAGGAAAUAAAGCCGUCAGUGCCUCAUUCUUAGGACAAGUUAAUAUCCCUGUGUUAUUCAUUUAGUUUCUAUGUCUCUGUCUGAGUCAAGCCAGCCUAAGGAGAUGUUCUCGAUGUGGCAAUAAACAACUUCCGUAACUUAGGCGUAAAAUUAAAUACAUUUCCAAAGAUAAGCGUAAAUACUUUUUGUUUGAUUGUGGUUCGUAAAUUCAAAAUGACUCUUAAGUCAAUGACACCAUUGUUAGUACCUCCUUGUUUGUGAAAUUGCUUAUAUAAUAAUACUUUAAGAAGAUAUAGUGAAAGUACCUACGUCAUGUUAAAAAAUAGUUUUUUUAGAAUCGUAAAAAAAGAAAUAUGUCUGCAUUUUCAUGAAAAGCUUUUUAUUUCCAAUUUCGUACGAGCAUCGCAAUCAUUUGCUUUUAAGUGUGUGAAAAUAUAUUACUACCUCACAUAUCGUGAACACUAUUGUUCAGACAGCUGUAGUCAGCUACAGUUGCCUUCGUUAUCCGGAAGGGUUCUCUCUGAUCCGGUUGUCGUGCAAAAUUCGCGAGGCGGCGGAACGAGGGAGGGAGAGCUGAUCCCUCUCUGCACCUAUCCGUCGCCGCUGAGCUUUAGGCCGAAGAAGGGCUCUUGCCGCGUGGUUGUGGCGUCGUGAGUCUGGUUGUAGUGUUGACCGCGGGAACCCCUUACUCUGACUGAGUUCUGACCCUGGCCCGAGAUUGGGCGUUCGGUGAGAGAGUGCAUUUGGUGAGUAGGGCCCUAAAACAUACUUGGGCCUGCGGUCUGUCCCUAACAUCUGACCAUCAAGACCCGUUUGCUCCUUAAGCACAGAAACCUCACGUAUGAGGUUGGGCUCCCUGCACGGAAAAAAACGUGGUUGAUGGACCAGUUUUUGGUCUUCUAAACGAACGUAGUAGACC